GAGGUUUUUUUUGGUCAUCGACACGAACAUUGUCUCGAGAUCCUGCAAGAAGGAUUUUCGUCUGAUCUGGUCCAAGUGAUUUCCAUCGUGAGUCACUGUAACGUGAUGGCAUCAUUUUUAACCGCCCAAACAACAAGGCACGAAAACCAUGAGCAACGCGUUUGUCCCCUUUCGCCACUUAUAUCGGAAGAAUGCAAGCUAGUAGUGAGGCCUCCAAGACUCGUCUUAUCAGGCCAUGGCCUGUUUUUUAUACCAGUCUGGUAA